CCUCCUGAAGUCAAAAAAUCACCUGUCAGUGAUUCUAAUCCUUUAAAAAAUGAGUGACGACGAGAGUUCGGAUAGUAGUGACGAUUACCUGGUUUCUCCGGACAAAAUCGAUCUGAGCAGCGAGUUCUUUUCACAGACAACCUCAAAAUCAAACCCAAACAAAGCACCCACAGACUACAUAUCCUCAAAUGACUCAUCAGACGACGAUUUCAUCGAGGAAGACAAGAAGGAUUCUUCGGAGUUGUUGGCCGAGGUUCUGAAGAACCUGGAGAAUGCCAAAAACAAUCCUGAGGCGGCUAUUCAGUCCCAAAAGAUCCCAUCCCCAAGUAAGAAGUCUAAACAAGACCUGGCGGAUGAGAUAAAUGAUUUGCUAGCAGGUGAGAGCGGCCUGGGGAGUUUGGACCCUCAAACCGACGAGGAUGACGACGUUAAACCCCCAGAGGAGGCCUCCAAGUAUACGAUCCCUCAGGAGGGCAUUGCCAUCACCCUCCCAGGGACAGAAAUGCUCUUCGGUCGGAGAAAGAAACGAAGGGUCGAUCUGCAAGUUGAACUCAUUAAGAAAAUGAAUCGGAGCCUGAGAUCUAAACAAUUGUACAUUCACAAGGUUGGACUGCUCUGUUGGCUGGCCCACGGAUUCCACCUGAAUGUUCAGGUCAACGAUUCAGAGGUUCUGUCGACUGCGAUGAGUCUGGUGCCUCAAACGUACUGUCCAGAUGGAAGAGUCGAUCUGAAGUAUCUGGAGGGCUUCACCAAGUGGUUUAGGAAGAUCAUCAAGGUUGAAUUCACUAAGGAGGAUGUGAGGAUCACUAAAGAGACACUUCUAGAGAGAAUCAGGAAGAAGAUAGUUCAUAAUAACAGAGAACUAGUCCUCGUUUACCUGGCGACACUGAGAGCUAUUGGAAUUAACUGCAGAUUGGUCUUGUCUCUGUGCCCUGCAGCCAUGAAACCACACAAGGAUCAGCUCUUUCAGGUGCCUGAUCCUACGAAGAACGAGGGGAAGGCCGAGUCGAAGACGAUAGUGAAAUUGGAGGGUAAGGUCAAGACAGAGACCAAGAAAAAGCCUGUGGAAGUGGUGAAGAAAAGACAGGGGAACUCGAGCAAGAAGAGAGGCUCGCAGGAUCGAGUGACGUCACCGUUAAAGAUCAUUCCUGAGAACAGCAGUGCUGGAACGGCUGCUGCCAAGGAAGUCGCUAAGAAGAAGGCGGUGAAAGUUUUCUUGUCGAAAUUUUCGAAAAAUCAGUCUGAAAAUGCCAUGGAUGAUCAGGAGAAGUCGACAGAGGGUGAGGAAGUGGAAGAGGUGAAAGAACCUACUCCUAUGGUUAGAAGACUGAGGUCCAGAACUGGUGGGACAGCGACAGUUGUGGCAGCUUCCAAGGAAUCAACGAAAUCGUCUGGAUCUAAGACAUCAACAAAAUCGUCUACAUCGAAAGAGUCAGCAAAAUCAUCAGCAGUCAAAGAGCCAGCAAAAUCAACUGCAGCCGAAGAGUCAAUAAAAUCAUCCAGAACCGUCAAAGGAAAGUUGAAUCUCCGAAAAAUUCCUCAGAGAAGUAGUAAGAAGACAGCUGAGGCUGCUGUGUCAACGAGUGCUAAAGUUGAGAGGACGGAGAGUGACGAGAGCUACUUGGGCACUGAUUCAGACUCUGAAUGUGACUCCCUGGAGGACUUCAGUCCCCCCAAGAAAAGAAAAGUCACUGUAAAGGAUACAAAGACUGUGACAUCGAGCAAAAAUGUGGGCAGGAAACCUAAAUCAGGGACUAAGUCGAAUCCUAAAGCUUCUACCUCCAGAGAUUCGAGUAUCGAUCGUCGAGUUUUAUCUUCAGACGAGGAAGAGCAAGUCGAGAAGUUCGAUGCGAGGGAUUCCAGAUACCUAUGGGUUGAGGUCUACGUUGAGUCCGAGGAGAGUUGGAUAAGCGUUUCGAUUCCCGACGACAAGAUUCACUGUGUCUCCGAGAUUUUCAAAAAAAUCCCCCGGCCAGUUCUUUACAUAAUUGGCUGGAACUCUUCGGGUUCCCUAAAGGACAUUACGAGAAGGUACUGCCCCCACUGGUUGACGGACACGAGGAAGCAGAGGGUGGAUGAAAAAUGGUGGAGUGAGAGUCUAGCCCCCUGGGCUGAGAAAGCCACUGCCAUGUCCAGGGCUGAGGAUGAGAUGCUUCUCCAACGAGAGCUCGAACAGCCGCUGCCGAAGUCUCUCGCUGAGUGCAAAGGACAUCCUCUCUACGUGGUUCAGAGGCACUUGCUCAAGUUCGAGGCACUUUAUCCCCCGGACUGCGUUCCUCUGGGCCAUCUGAAGACUGGAGAUGCCAUUUACUCUCGUCACUGCGUGCACACACUUCGAUCGCGGGAGACUUGGCACAAGGAGGCUAGAGUUGUUAAGCCUGGGUCCGAGGCUUAUAAAGUUGUUAAGGCCAUGCCAAAGUGGGAUAAGUUCACAGGACAAAAACGACCCCCCGAGCCCCUCGAAUUAUUUGGACAAUGGCAAACGUCCCCCUACAUACCCCCUGAAGUCAAAGACGGCAUUAUACCACGUAAUGAAUAUGGUAAUGUUGAUCUGUUCAAACAGUGUAUGCUGCCUAAAGGUGCUGUUCACAUCGAUCUGCCAGGAUUGAACAGAAUAGCCAGAAAGCUGAAGAUUGAUUGUGCACCAGCUUGUGUGGGAUUCAACUUUGGUUGCAGAGGAGCCCUCCCGGCUUUCGAGGGUUUCAUCGUACCAGAAGAACACGAGGACACCCUCAGAGAAGCCUGGGAGGAGGAGCAAGUGCUCGCUGCUAAACGAGCGAGGGAGAAGCGAGACAAACGAAUCUGGGGAAAUUGGAGGAAAUUAAUUCGAGGAGUGAUGAUCAGGGAGCGAUUGGCAGCUAAGUACGAAUUUAAAGCUGAUGAUGAUGAUGAGGAGGGAGGAGGGGGUGAGGCUUCAGAGCCACCUGCCAAACGAAAGCAGAAAGGCGACAAGAAACCACCGAAGAAAACCAAGAAAACGUAAGCUGAACCCCAAUGAUUUUUUCAUGAUUGCCGAGCAAUUGCGUGAUAUUUUGUACCAGUAUUGUUACUAGUGAGAAUGUGGCAGCUGAUAAGCAGGAAAAUUGCUUCCAAUUGUUGUUAUGAAGCGCAAGACCGUUGAUUGUUUCCAGUGUUCUGUCUAUAUAUUUAUUUAAACUUCAACGUUUCGUGUUGACGGUUCGUGCACGUCUACAUAA